AACAUGGUGAAGAGACGGCAUGCUUUGAUGCUGCCCUACCCUGCUCAAGGUCACGUUAAGCCCAUGAUGCAGCUCUCCAAGAUUUUGGCUGCCCGAGGUUAUUAUAUUACUUUUGUUAAUACUGAUUAUAUACAUGACAGAAUGGUGAAAUCUGGAUCUGCCCAUUCUGGUGUGGAUUUCAGAUUUGAAACCAUUUCAGAUGAGCUACCUCCAGAGCAUGGGCGCACCCAUCAAAUUGAUGAGCUCUCUGAAUCCUUGGUAGACAAUGGCCCAGCACAGUUGGAGAAUCUUGUGGAGAAGUUGAAGGCCUUACCAGAUCUUCCUCCCUUUACUUGCAUUGUUUAUGAUGGUUGUAUGUCAUGGGCUCAGAAAACAGCCACGAGGCUUGAUAUUCCUGGAGUUUCCUUCUGGACACCUAGUGCUUGUGGUUUCUACAUUUACUUGUCAUGGCCUCUUCUUAAGGAAAUGGGAUAUAUUCCUCUUAAAGAUAAGAGCUAUCUUACAAAUGGGUAUAUGGAAGAAGAGAUCAGCUGCAUUCCUGGGAUGCCACCCUUUCGCAUGAAAGAUGUGCCAAAUUUCUGUCACGAUGCAACAAAUUACAUGUUCAAAUUCGUGGAAACCCAAGGCCAAGCUGCAUUUUCAGCUGAUUCCAUAAUACUCAACACAUUUGAUGAACUAGAGGGUCCAGUAAUGAAAGAACUCCAGGAAAGACUUCCUGUGUAUAGUAUAGGUCCUCUUCUGCUAGAGCAAAAGAAUGGGUUUUCUGACAGCUCUGCAAAUAUAUGGGCAGCAGAACCCAGUUGCUUACAAUGGCUGGAUGAGCAGGAGCCGGGAUCUGUUGUUUAUGUGUGCUUUGGAAGCAUAACUGUUAUGUCUGAUGAGGAGCUUGUUGAGUUUGCAUGGGGUCUAGAGGCAAGUAAGCAAUCCUUUUUGUGGGUAAUUCGUCCUGACAUCAGCCAUGGAGCUUCUGCUAAGCUACCUGUGGAAUUUGUGGAGAAAGUGAAAGGGCGAGGUUUCUUUGUAAGUUGGGCACCUCAAAUGGAAGUGCUUUCCCAUCCUUCUGUGGGUGGUUUUUUGACUCACAGUGGGUGGAACUCUACUAUUGAAGCCAUUUGUGCUGGUGUGCCCAUGAUCUGUUGGCCUUUCUUUGCAGAACAACAACUUAAUAGGACAUAUGUUAGCCAAGUUUGGAAGAUUGGAAUGGCAAUGAAAGAUGUGGUGGAGAGAGGAGAGGUGGAAGAAAUGGUAAAGAGAUUGAUGAGUGGAAAAGAAGGGGAGGAAAUGAGGACGAGGAUUUGUGAGCUCAGGGACGCUUCCAUUAGGGCGAUGAAGGAAGGAGGAUCAUCUUAUAAUAAUUUGGAGAAGCUUUUUGUGGAGAUAGAGGAAGAAAACAGAUCUUGAUAAUUGUGUGUUUUUUAAAAUUAGGAGAUUUG